GGCCAAGAUAGAGAUGAAGGAGAGAGAGAGGGUCGAGGGAGAGAGAGCAUGAGAGAGAGAGCGUGAGAGUGGUCCGAUGGAGGGAGGCAAGGGAGAGAGAGGAUCUGAGGGAGGGAGAGAGACCACGAAUGAGAGAGAGAGAGAGGCUGAGCAGUGCUUGUCACUUGUACUACUCUUGUGUUGUUGACAGUGGUGGCUGCUGCUGCGCAUGGAGAUGGCCAGUGCCUCUGCUUCCCUCCCAUGGAAUUUUGGCACCAGGGACAGUCAGGAGAUGUGAGAGAGGGGGCUGUGUGCACUGCAGACUCGUCACUAGAGUUGGUAUCACCCCUCGCUGCCCACGAUCCAGUUGCCCACAGCUGCAAACUCCAGUCCAAACAAUCAAUUAUUCAGCUGGCAGUAGCUGAAACAGCUAACAGGACGCUGGAGAAGGAUAAAAGGUGCGCACUUGCGCAGCUCCUCUAUUAAUAGUGCUCUUCCAAGCAUGCUGUGCAGCUCCUGAUGGACGGGAUGACAUCACGCGGGUACCAACACCACAAUGGGCAUUCUGGGAGGAGAUCGAAUAAUGGACUUUACCCAGCCGGCGGCAGCACGGGUUUACACAGUUCCGCCUCGUAGGAAAAAGAAGACCAAAAUAGAGGUAGCUACAAAAGCCAUGACAAAUAUCCUGUGCGACCAACUACGCGAGAUGGAUUCAGAUUGGCAGAGUCAAGAGGAUGCAAGAUUGCAAAAAUUUAUGGACAAUCAACGUGAAUUGCAGAGGAAUUUGCUAACGCAAAUGGUAGCUAUGCAGGAUAAGAUCAGCAGCGAGAACCGUGAAUUCCUAGGUCAGUUUUUUUCCAAAAUGACCUCUACACCACAAUUUACAAACACUCAUUCUGACCUACAAUUGCAUUCUCACACCACAUUUGGUCCAAAAACACGGUAUGUCCAGCAAGGCCAGUCUCCCCCAUCUUUUGGGCCUAUUUCCCAGUAUAUGCAACAAGCCCAGUCUCCACCAUAUUUUGGGCCUAGAUCCCAGUAUACUCGCCAGUAUAUGCAGCAAGCCCAGUCUCCCACCACUUUUGGGGAUACUCACCAGUUUGCGCAGCAAGCCCAGUCUCCCACCACUUUUGGGGAUACUCACCAGUUUGCGCAGCAAGCCCAGUCUCCCACCACUUUUGGGGAUACUCACCAGUUUGCGCAGCAAAGCCAGUCUCCAACAUCCUUUAAUUCGACCUCGAAUACAUUGAAGAAUAGACCGAGAGGUCCAGAAUUUGGAGAUUCAUUAUCUAGUACAACUCCAGAGGAAUCUACUCCCAGCAAUAAACCACAGUACCAAAUUCUCUAAUGUAUACUGUGCACAUACAGUAAGGGGUAUAUGCAAUUGCGGUCGAAUUCCCGAAAAUGUCGAAAAACGGGACAUUUUCGCACAAAUUUUUUUUUCGACAAUGCAAUUCAGGACUUUUCGUCAAAAAAAAGGACUUUCCAAAUUCGACUUUUUGAAAUUCGACAUUUGUCAAAUUCGACAUUUCUGCAAUGGUACAAAUGCGGCAAUUCGACAAAAGUAUAUUCAAUUGAAGAUUGUAAAUUCGACAACAGUGCUUUUAGACAGUAAAUUCGUCAUUUUCAA